AUGCUGGGCGCAACUUCUGAGUCAAUGAUAGGAAUAAUUGUCUUCUCGUCUACACUUAUGGUAAUGGCUUUACUUGUAGUCGUAUUCUUAUGCAAAACUGAUAGGAAAAAGCGAGAAGAUAUGGCCCGAAGACUUUCAAAGGCUUGCAUUAAUAGCGGCCGAAGACUAUCGACAAUCUUUGUCGCCGACAGAAGACUGCCAACAAUUUCCGGACCGUUAAUACGCUUUGAAACCAAUACCCAGAAUAGUGUCUACAGAAGUGUUCCCAUUAUCUAUGAAUCAAACGCUGAAAAUAAGCCAGAAUUCAGAGAUCAAAGAAAUGAAUCCAAAUUAAAAUAUUCUUCGAGCGGUAAUCUUAACAAAUCUGACGAUCUCUCCACAAAUCACUAG